AUGCGCUGGGCCUGCAUAUGCUAUCAAAACGAUGAGAUCAAAUGCGCCGAUCCCGGUAAGGACGUCCCCACCACGCAUCAGCUCUCGGCAAGUCAGUCUAACGGAAGGAAAACCACAGAGAAGGCGGUAUCGACUCUCUAUCUGGCCACUGAACGGAAGUCCCCGAACUUUUUCAGAAUCCUGCUGAAGUAUGCCGCCAAAAUCGACAGAGUCCCGCCGGACUGGCUGAAGCUCCAUCUAGAGAAGCUCAUGCAAACCCUCUCGACACCAGAAAAUCUCGAUAUUCUGCAAAUAUUCCUGGAGCAAGGCCGUGACAUGCAGGCCGGAGCUCGGAAUAGCUCCGAAGUCGUUGUGCAGCUUUUACUACACCACGGCAUCGACCCGGCUCAGCUCGCUCUGGGAGACGGACCUGAUCAUAUUUCGCCCCUUUCUGCUGCGAUGCUGGCAGAUUGGCCCUUGGCUUCGAAGGUACUGGCUAAGAGAGAAGCGAGAUUUCCGGGGAGCGGAAACUUUUCCCCUAUCCGGAAACCAACUCAUAUUCCCAUUUUUGCUGCUGCAGAGGCGAUGGGCAAGGCGCCAGGGGACGGCUACGGAGCGAUGAAGCUCUGCGUCGAAAGCGGAUGCGACAUAAACCAGCGCUCAGUAGCAUGGAGAUCUUGGGGCAAGUUUCAUCACAAUUGCUGCCCACAGUAUACCAUGCCACUUCUUUUCUACCUCGGUUCCAUUAGCUCCUGGGCAAGCGAUCAGAUUCCUUCCAUUCUUGACUGCACGACUUUUAUGCUUGAGAAGGGCGCCGACAAACCAAGAAUCCACAACCUCUCUCCUGAACACCUUCCUCAUGAGCUGGUAUAUUUAUUCCCAUUAUGGUCCGAAUAUCCGACGCUUCGGUGCAUCGAGCUGCUCAUCGACAAAUGGGGCUUGGGGUCAUUGGCAGACGAUGGCUUCUUCUCCGUCAUCCAGUUGUUGGUUCAACGCUGCAUGGCGGAGAAAUAUUGCUGGGCAGAAACAUUUCUACCCAGGUACGACCAUGUGUUUGACCCCCACAGGUCGAGCGCCGAGCCUGCGAUAUCAGGGUGGCGGCGACUUUUGGAGUUGAUCCUGUCUGACUUUCGCCCCCGGCGCCUCGACAAUUUACUCUGCCAGGUCAUCAAGCAUAAAUUGCGGACCGAGCGCCACAGCUGUCAUGUUGCAGGCCUCGGCCCCCUAUUUUUCACCACUGUCGAUUUCCUUGCUGACCUUGGCGCAACCGUGGAUGCACACUUGAUGUUGUCAGGUUACAAGGCGCUGGACCUGUUAUGCUAUAGUAAACCAGGUGAAUAUGGAUCGGACAACGAACGCUUCCUUUACCGGGUGGUUAUUGAGCAGAGGCGAGAGCUCCUCUUUCUUCUCCUAAAUGAGCCAGACGAGACCGGAAAGCCGCGGAGACGGGCGAUUGACCGCGUCAGGACAGCGCGUCCAACAGAGUGGAAAACGGAGAUUAUAGCAAGGCUGUCGAUGUAUAAGGUGUCGACGUGA